CCUUUUUUAGGAUACCCUUCAUGGCCAGCCAGGCACACAUCAGGCCUAAUUAUUCACCCAAGUGGUACACUCCACUCAUUGUACAUGUGACUUGGCCACAAAUAGGGACUUGUAUAAAUGGCUGCACAUGGCAUUAGGUAGGAGGAUCUGCGGUUCCUACUAUCCGUGCAUUCACUGAGCAGUCAGAUCCAAAAGUGAUCAAUACUUUGCAGACCUGCUAAUAGUCAGCAGCAGGGGGUGUGUGAGGGGUGGAGGUUGGAGCACAUGAAAGUUUAGGUCCUGUGGUGGAGCUGUCACAGGGAGGAGGAGGGAGGAGUGCUGGUGCACUAUAGUGUGUAGGAUCUGAAGCCCACCAGUCAGGGCAGGCUGGGGGGAGAAGCAUGGAUGUAACUGGCAAGCUGCAGAAUUAAGGAUUGCAUUCCAGAGGGGAGUGAAAUUGAUCAGGGAGACAGGAGAGAAAAGGGAGGAGGUGCCUUGGGGUUGGGGACUGACUCACUGUACAGCAGGAUAGAGCUGGGAAUGUAGUGGGACUUUCUUGGGGCAGGAGGUGAGAGGAGUGAGGACUCUGGAGAGUGCAGGACCCUCCAGGAACACAGCACAAGGUUGGAUGUGUUACUGUCAGGAGUGGAAGGACACACUGUAACCUAUGCCAGGAGCAGGGAUUGCGCCUCCUCUGUUUGCAUCAGGACAUUCUCUGGGAUUCUACAACUUUUUGUUUUGAUUUAGUUGCUACGUCCAGAUCCUUCCCUGCACUGAAGGAUGUCCAAAUUCCAGUGUUUGUUCCUUCAUCUGUUGAUCGUUUAUCUCUGCCAUGGGAGUGAAAAGGUGCCUAAUCGGAGAUCCAGGCAAACUUUGGAAGAUGACCCUGCAGAAAAUAAAAUUGUUGGCACAUGGGGUCCCUGGGGACCAUGGUCCUCUUGUUCACAGACCUGUGCGCAAGGAGUUAUCGAAAGAAGCCGCACUUGUUUGUCUCCAUAUCAACAGGUUCCUUGGGCACCAAGGUCAGAGCCAAACCCACACAACAUUCAACCUCAUCCAGAGCCACCUUUCCGUGAUGAAAGAGGUAGUAUUUACUCUAUGGGGCCAGCAAGGCCAUCAUAUCCACUUCAUGUCGAAAGGGAGAAUGCAGCUCCAUUUGUAGAGCCCUAUGUACCAAGAAACCCUACACAUAGUCGAUAUAAUCAAUUUAAUCGUAAUGCCCGCGAAGAGACAUUUGCUGGAGGAUCGCAGCCCUUAUACACAAGACGGGAUCAACCUCCCUAUCACAGAUCCACAUCAAAUCGAGGACGGACAGCACCUCAACCUCCAGAAACACUUUGGCAACCAUCACCACUGGACAUCCCGCACAGGCAAGAUGCUCUUCGUGCUCCUGAAACUAUCUCUAUUCACAGAAAACCCCACCAAGAGGUUCCAUUCAACAGAAAGAACAACUCCCGUGCUGAUGACCCCUCACAGCCGUGGCCAUUUUUUCCAGAUUCCAUCCCUCUUCUGAAACCUGAAAGCUGGGAGGAGACCAACCCAGUACGGGCAAUGCCACCUUUAUCUCCCACUAAAGAGACACGUUUCUCACGAAGGCCUCGUGUAAGAAAUGUGAUUAAACCUGGGAGAUACGGUUAUGGAAAAGUACCAUUUGCGUUGUCCUUACAUACUGAAAAAGAUGAAUCGCAGCGCUUUAAGAGAAAUCACAAGUUAAUGACUUUUAGUACUACUGCUAGCCCAAGGAGAGAGAGAAAGAAGGGCUUAACAGCAACACAAAAACCAUUAGACAGCAUUGGAGAACAUGGUACCGUAUCCACAGAUAAAACUAUGGACUUUUUCGAUACAAAUUUUAAAAAAAUAAAGUCAUCCUCCAAAAAACCCAAAAGGUCCAGUGAGACUGAUCCACCAUCUUGGCCAGAAAAACUUGCUAAUUCUUCAUCACAAAACAUUCAGCAAAGGCAACUUGAAGGAGAUUCGCGUGAACAUGGUUCUCUUGUUGGUGGAGAAGUCGAUUCUGUCUUGAAUGUUGGAAAACAAUCUUUUAACCAUCAACUCCAGGAUUCUUUCUGGGAUACAGAGAUGGAAAGGGAAGAUGAUAUACUUCAUCCCACUGAGAAUAGGAAUAGUGGAACAUUACACGGUCUGAAAAUUAGGACAUCAGGGAUCAGUGAAAAGCUUGGUCAAAAGAUAUCUUCAACUCAACCUCCACCAUUGACACAGACUUCUAAACCAGUUCAAUCCAAAGUUGUUGGUCAGAUCGUGGAUAUUGUAACUAGGAAACUUGCAAGUAGCCAUCAAGCGUUCAAUGGGAAGAAAAGUUAUGAAGAGCCAGUGGUGCCUCCAUAUAGGCAGAGCAGGACACCCAUAGACUAUUCUGAUGCCAGCAGCGAUGAACGGGUUGAACAUGAACAACACAGUCAGAAAGUGGGUUCCUCACAUCGUCCUAGAUCCCGUAGCCAAAGACAAAGUCCUUAUAGGCAUGGUACAGACAGCAGCAGGACAUAUCAGAGUAUUUUCCGAGACCAUCCAUCCAGACCUUCGCAAGGAGAUACUUGGGAUUCGUUAGGAAGGAACCCCUCCCUUAGCUUUGAAAGAGCGCAGGACCCAAGACAAAGCCAUCAUCAAAAUUCUGAAGUUCCUCUUUCCCUGUAUAAUCCCGGAACAGAAGAGUUUCACUGUGCGGGUCCAAAGAAGCAAUUCAAGUCCUGUACUCAAGAGCCAUGUCCGGCGGGUCAACCUGAUGCCAGAACUUUGCAAUGUUCAACUUUUAACAACCAGGAGUUCAUGGGUCGUCUGUACCAGUGGGAAGCAUUCACUGAAGUGAGUGGAAAUCAAAGGUGUGCUCUGAAUUGUCGGCCCAUCGGCUACCGUUUCUAUGUACGUCAUACUGAGAAGGUCCAAGAUGGAACACCCUGUGAAACUGGUUCUCUUGAUGUGUGUGUUGAUGGGCAGUGUCUGAGCCCCGGUUGCGAUGGCAUACUAGGAUCAAACAGCACCCUGGACACCUGUGGGGUGUGUGGUGGAGACGGCUCUACAUGCAAGUUCAUUACUGGAACAUUCAAGGACACUAAUAUUCCUAUUGGCUACCACAAAAUUCUGGAGAUUCCAAAAGGAGCAACGCAGAUCAGUGUCAGAGAACUUACCUGGAGCCCUAACUACCUAGCCCUGAGAAAUCGAUCAGGAAAAUCUAUUAUUAAUGGUAACUGGGCAGUAGAUCCGCCAGGAAAAUAUGAAGCAGGAAGCACUGUGUUCACCUAUACCCAACCUGGACGUGACGAACAAGAAGGAGAAUCCUUCACUGCCCCUGGACCGACUUCUGAAGCUCUUGAUGUCUAUAUGAUAUUUCAGCAGGACAAUCCAGGCAUCUCGUUCCAGUAUUUCAUCUCUGCACCACCCAGCUCCGAUAACCCCAGUCACGUCCCCAAUGUCCAGCAACAGGAGUACGGAUCCCUGAGGUCAAUGUCAUCCAGUGAUUCCCUCCCACAGACCAAUUUACGAAAUCACCCCCUGGAGGAACGCAGCAGGGUUUCACCACCUCUAGCGAGGCCACCACCACCUCCGCCACGGCCGGCUGGCACUUUGCAGCGCAACAUUCGAAUCCCUCCUUUAUCGGCUCCACCUGUUCACUAUUGGCCAGAGCAACCUGAGUUUUUCUGGAGACGCGUUGGAAAUACACCAUGCUCUGUUACCUGUGGGAAAGGAUUCUGGUACCCUAUAUACCAGUGUGUUUCCAGAAGUUCCCUGGAUGAGGUGAAUGAGGAGGAAUGUGAUUCCUCUACGAAGCCGUUCCCCCAGGAGGAGGCCUGUAACACCCAACCCUGCCCUGCAUUCUGGGACGUUGGUAACUGGUCGGUCUGCAGCAGGACAUGUGGCAGCGGGAUACAGCAUCGGCAAGUCCUAUGUCGCCAGAUGUAUGCCAACCGGACCACUAUGGUACAUCCACAGAGGUGCAGCAGCUUAGUGAAGCCAAAUGUCACCCAGACGUGCCAACUGCGUAUCUGUAGCCACUGGGAGAUCCAGAGCAACUGGACUACGUGUUCAGUCAUGUGUGGCCUCGGCCAAAGGACCCGUAAUGUCAGAUGUGUCAGUAACCAAGGGGAUGUGGUUGGAGAGGGAGAAUGCAGCAACCGCCUCCGUCCGAGGACCAACGAGGUCUGCGAUAUGGGGCCUUGUGUCCGGAGCUGGUUUCACAAUGACUGGAGCUCAACGUGUUCUUCAGAAUGUGGACCUGGGAUCCAACGCCGUUCGGUCUUCUGCCUCUCUAGUUCUCCCUUGGAUGAGUCCCAAGAGGGGUGCCCAGGAAAUAAACCUUCUGACAUGCGUGUGUGCAACAGUGGUCCAUGUGAGCGGACAAUCAAGUGGUACACCGGUCCUUGGUCUCAGUGCUCUGCAGAUUGUGAUGAAGGUUCUCAAAGACGGGAUGUGAUUUGUGUCAGCAAGAUGGGCUCCGACUUUAACGUGACCGAUGCAUCUGAGUGUGCGCAUCUUGAGAAGCCACCAAGUCUACAGUCGUGUAAUGCCGGACCUUGUGGGUCACGCUGGUUCACAACGCCUUGGAGCACUUGUUCACAGUCUUGCGAAGGUGGUUUGCAGGUCAGAGAGGUGCGGUGUCUGGCAGCCGAUAAGACUUACAGCCAACAAUGUGACCUAGAGUCCAAACCGGAUGAGAAGAAAACAUGUAACCCGCAGCCCUGUUCCUCUGUACUAGAUGACAACUGCCGUGAUCGGUAUCACAACUGUGCCGUGGUGGUACAAGCUCGGCUCUGUGUCUACGCCUAUUACAAACAAGCAUGCUGUUCCUCCUGUGCCCACUCCCUGCAACGAAGGACGUCUGAGAGCCGAUAGCGAGCAGGUCCCCAUCCCCGAUCCCCAUCCCCGAUCCCCCACCUCACCAGAUUUUAUAUUUUAUAUAUGCAGAAAAGACAGUAUUUAUUUACCUCUUUAGCGCUUUGUUGGGGGGCGCCAGCUUAUGCCAAGGCCCCACAGAGAGGUGGCUAAAGACAGAAUUGUAUAUUUGCUUUUUAUAGUCUCCUCUCUCUCACUCACGGAGAGGAGGAUUUUGCUUUCGUGAUUCUUUUACGGUGCUAAAUAACAACCUGUAUAUUGUCAUUUACCACAACUGUGACUUCUGGGAAACCAAUCAUGCCAUAUAAUGUAGGUGUGAAAGGAAAGUAAAAAAGGAGGGGCGCUCUGUCGUGUGGAAUAGGAAAGCAGUUGGACGAUGGAGCACCCACUGCACCCAAAGUGAUGUGAUGUCUCGCUGGGGUGAUCCGCAACGACUGCACGUCACCUGGGUAGGGUGCGGGUUGGAGAGCGGUAAGGGCAGUUGAGCAGCUCAAAUUCCCCUAUACGUAUCCGCAAGGGUACGGAAACAAUGGAGGCAGGAGGAAAAUAAAACAUAAAAAAGG